UUUUAAAAAUUGAAUAACUCGGAAAGUUCGACGUUUUUAAAAAAAUAAAAAUUCGUCACGCCCUCCGACGCUGAAGUAUUGCGUCACGUCGACGACAUUUAAGUUAUGUGUCGGAGUGCCGUGGCUUUGGUGUGUGGCCUUCCCGGAAGCGGCAAGACGUUCUUGAUAGAAAACGUCUUUCGACGUCUCGACGAUAAACGGUCUGAGAAAAAGAACCACGUCGAACUUAGCACCGAUUUUCUACCUUACGUUAACUUAUUUUGGAUUAAUUUCGACCGAUUGGUCUCCCUUUCCGUCCAGAAGGAACUGAUCAAUGAAUCUGGUGCUUGGAAGAAAUGUAGAAAAGAUAUAUUUUGUGCUGUUGAAUGUUUUUUUUAUCAUAUUCUUGGUUUAAAAUCAUCUUGUACCUCCCUUACUGACAAUGUAAAGAAUUACUUGGAAAAGUUAAUUCAAAUGAAUAGAAAAUCAACAACAUAUAACUGUAAUGUGUUCUUAAUUGAAGAUAAUUUUUAUUAUCAAAGUAUGAGGUAUGAAUGGUACCAACUAGCUAGAAAAUUACAAAUGGGAUUUUGCCAGAUUUAUUUGGAUUGUUCGAAAGAAACUGCUCUGUCUCAAAAUCUACAAAGGAAAGAAAGAGUUAGCGAUGACGCCAUUCUUUUAAUGGCCGAGAAAAUAGAAAUUCCAAACGUAAAUAUCAACAAAUGGGAGAAGAACUCCAUUAUAAUUAAUGUAGAAAAUGGACCGAGUGAUCAUCAUGUGUAUUCAAACAGGGACAAGGUUUUGGACGUUUUCGAUAAGGCUCUGACGAAUCCCGAGACUCCAGCCGUCGUCGACGACUCGAUGAAGGUGAACUCUCAAAAAAUAUGCUCGACGAAUGCCGUUCAUCAAAUCGAUUUAAUACUGAGAAGAUUAAUUAGUGAAAAAAUUCAGAGAGAACGUGUUUCUAAUACAGAUAGAGAAUCGUUAAAAACGUUUUCGACAUGCGUUGCCAGAGCUCGUCCAAAAAUAAUAGAAAAACUAAAACUGGGAGAAAUAAGUAUGAAUAAAGACAUACUAUUAGCUAUCGAGGAAGGAAGAGGAUUUGAUGUUAUUGUCAAGUUAAGAAAUACUUUAGAAUCAAUUUUAGAUUCAUUUAUUGAAUAAAUGUUGUGUGUAUUUUUGUUACAUUAAAAUAUUUUUACAAUUUGUA